AUGUCCCCUGGUCUGGGUGAGGAAGCUGUUCAAGGCCGGGUUUUGCCGCUGCUGCUGCGGGCUCAAUCUGCUGCUUCUGAGCUCGGCAAAGAGGAGCGAACUGCUGCUACUGCUUCCAUGUUUGACCUUGCAAAGUCUGUUUCUCCUGGAACGCGUCUGACGGCUUUGUUGCCUGCGCUUCUUCAAUUGCUGAAAGACCCAGAGCCCUGCGUGCGCUUGGCAGCAAAACAGCAGAUCUGCUUCUUUUUAACUUCCGUUGCACAGUUCUUGGAUCCGGCUGCUGCUGCUGCUGCUAUUCAGCAGCAGCAGCAGCAGCACGGCGAACUGUACAUGGAUAGUCGGAAAGACAAGCAACAGAAGGUCCAAUACUCGCAGCAGCAACAGCAGCAGCAACAACUGCAGCAGCACAAGCAGCAGCAAGAGCGACGAGUGCAAAAAAACCAAAAUGAUGAUGACAGACCCAAACGAGAGGAUGAGCAGCUUCGGGAACAAGGCCAGCAGCAGCAGCAGCAGCAGCAGCAGCAGCAGCAGCAAGACGCAGCAGGACCGGAGGAACCCGCUAAUUCUGAAGGCAGCUGCAGCAACAGCAGCAGCAGCCUCACGCCCCCUCACAGAGAUGCAGCUCACGAGGUGCGUGGCGCAGCAGCAGAAGCAGCGGCAACAGGCACAACGCCCUCAGAAGCAGCAGCAGCAGCAGCAGCAGCAGCAGCAGGCUCCCAGCCACCCGCAGGGGCUGCGGACGAGAGCCCAGAAGCAGCAGCAGCAGCAGCGCAGCAAGCAGCACCUGAACUGGCACAACCCGCAAGAGAGUCUGCAGCAGCGCCAGCAGAGGCAGCGGCAGCAGCGGUGGAGUCCGCAGCAGCAACACCAGCAGCAGCAGCAGCAGCAGCAGCAGCAGCAGCUACAGCAGAUUUGCAUGCGCUUCUAAGGGAGUACAGAGCCCUGACAGAAUUUGGACCAACUGUAGAAGAGCUGGAUGGCCAAGCUUUAUUUCCUUUUGGAGAUGCUGCGCAUAUCAUCUCAGACGAGGCCUUUUCUGUUGCUGCUGAAGUUGAACCCCCCGUUGGCUGCCACUGCACAGUCUGCCAAGUUGUGAAGAGACGGGGGGUUGUAAUGGCUGGGGAGGGGGCCCUCAUGGGGGGCCCCUUUACAGAUAGUGCAGCAGCAGCAGCAGCAGCAGAAAUGGGGGCAGGCAUGCUGCUGCCAAUGUUUAUUCAGCAGCAGCAGCAGCAGCAGCAGCAGCAGCAGCAGCCGAACAGCAGAAGCAGCAAGAGGCAGCAGGAGCAGCAGCAAAAACUGCCUGGCGUUGUGAAUUUGUUGCUGCUGCAGCUUGCGGCGAUAAAGACGGCGGGGCUGUUGGCGCGGCCUCUUCCGACUUCUUCUCGGCGAGAGAUAGUCGGGUGUUUAUUAUCUGCAUGCGAAUCUUCGGGCCACCAGUUUUCCAUUCGACUUAUUGCUGCUCAGCAGCUGCCUCCUUUAUUCGAUUUGAAAGACCGCCAACUGCGCGAGCUUCUCCUUGCCCUUGCCUUCUCGCUGCUGGAAGACCCUGUGGCUUUGGUGCGGCGGACUGCUUGCCGCUGCAUCCCUUCGCUGAUAAAGUGCUGCUGCCCUUCUUUGCUGAACCUUCCGGAGCCGCUGCCGCCUGUUGAAGUCUUGAUGCAGCAGUACGCAGCAAGCAAGAGCAGCAACAAUGCCAGCAGCAGCAGCAGCAGCAGCAGCAGCAGCAGCAGCGGCAGCAAUGGCACCAGCGGGGGAGCAUCUUCUUCACAGGGAACUCCAAGUCUCACGUCGGGCGAAGAAGUUCGCGUCGUGCAGAUGUUUCUCGAGAAGUUCGCCAGGUGCUGCUGCUGCUGCUGCUGCUGCUGCUGCUGCUGCGAACUGGAGCUGCGAGUUUCUUUGCUGCUGCUGCUGCUGUUGCAGCUGUUGCUGAGGCUGGCUUCGGCAGGAUCGCUGGCUCUGCCGUUGCUGCCGUAG